AUGAAGAACUAUACAACCUUUACAACAUUUAUUCUUCUGGGACUGACAGAAGACACUCGGUUGCAAAUUUUGAUUUUUAUAUUUCUACUGAUCACAUACAUAUUGAGUUUAAUUGGAAACCUAACUAUCAUCUGUCUAACAUUAAUGGAUUCCCACUUAAAGACACCCAUGUACUUUUUUCUCCAAAAUUUCUCCUUAUUAGAAAUAUUGUUCACCUCUUCCUGCAUUCCUAGAUUCCUAUACAGUAUAUCAACAGGUGAUAGAACCAUUACCUUUAAUGCUUGCAUAAGCCAAAUGUUUUUUACAGACUUAUUUAUAGUAACAGAAUUUUUCUUGCUGGCCACCAUGUCCUAUGACCGCUAUGUAGCCAUCUGCAAACCCCUACAUUAUGUGACGAUCAUGAACCAGAGGGUCUGCAAAAGGUUUCUCCUAGGUUGCUGGAUGACUACUUUGUUGAUCAUAUCACCACCCAUUAUCCUGGAACUGAAUCUGGAAUACUGUGAUUCUGUCAUUGAUCACUUUGUUUGUGAUGCUAAUCCGAUUCUAAAAAUAUCAUGCACAGAUACACGGUUCAUAGAGCAGAUGAUUAUUGUCUGCUGUGUGAUAAUCUUUAUCAUGACUCUUAUGUGUGUGGUUUUAUCUUACAUAUAUAUCAUUAAAAGAAUCCUCAGAUUCCCAUCUGCUCAACAGAGGAAAAAGGCCUUUUCUACAUGUUCCUCCCAUUUUAUUGUGGUUUCUAUUACCUAUGGCAGUUGCAUCUUUGUCUACAUCAAACCUUCAGCAAAAAAUGAAAUGUCCAUUAAUAAGGGGGUGACAAUACUAAUUACUUCCAUCUCUCCUAUGCUAAACCCGUUUAUUUAUACUCUAAGGAACAAACAAGUAAUACAAGCCUUUAAUGAUUUCGUUAAAAGAAUUACAUUAUUUACAAAGCAUUAG